CCCCGGCGCUACGGCCCAGGCCUGCUCGGGGCGUGCGUCGGCUUGGCCGGCGGCCGAGGAAUUCUGGGUAACGACCGUGGCCGGCGGGGCGGCUGGCUCCGCCCAGCAGGUUCUACUCACGCCAGGGCAGUUGGCGGUGGCGGUUGUCGGGCCCGGACCAGCGGGACAUGGAGCAGCCGUGGCCGCCGCCGGGCCCCUGGAGCUUCCCGAGGACUGUCGGGGAGGCCGAGGAGGAGAGCGACUUGGACGUGUCCCCCUCUUCUUCCCACUACCCGCCGGUGCCUGGCGGCGGCGCCCAGAUGUAUAGCGAUGGGAUUGAGCUAGCUUGCCAAAAGCAGAAAGAAUUUGUGAAGAGCUCUGUGGCGUGCAAAUGGAAUCUUGCUGAAGCCCAGCAGAAACUUGGCAGCUUAGCACUGCAUAACUCUGAGUCCUUGGAUCAGGAACAUGCCAAAGCACAGACCGCAGUGUCAGAACUGAGGCAGCGGGAGGAAGAAUGGCGACAGAAGGAGGCGGCUCUGGUCCAGAGAGAGAGGAUGAGUCUCUGGAACAUGGAUGCUCUUAGCAAGGAUGUUUUUAAUAAGAGUUUUAUUAAUCAAGAUAAAAGAAAAACAGAAGAUGAAGAUAAAUCACAAUCAUUUAUGGAGAAAUAUGAGCAAAAAAUCCGACAUUUUGGUAUGUUGAGUCGGUGGGAUGAUAGUCAGAGAUUUCUGUCUGACCAUCCGUACAUUGUAUGUGAAGAAACUGCUAAAUAUCUUAUUUUAUGGUGUUUUCAUCUAGAAGCUGAGCAGAAAGGUGCUCUAAUGGAACAAAUAGCACAUCAGGCUGUGGUAAUGCAGUUUAUUAUGGAAAUGGCCAAAAACUGUAAUGUGGAUCCAAGAGGCUGUUUUCGUUUGUUUUUCCAGAAAGCCAAAGCAGAGGAAGAAGGUUAUUUUGAGGCAUUCAAAAAUGAACUUGAAGCUUUCAAGUCAAGAGUAAGACUUUAUGCUCAAUCACAAAGCUUUCAACCUGUAACAGUUCAGAAUCAUGUUCCCCAUUCUGGUGUUGGAUGCAUAGGCUCCUUAGAAUCCUUAUCACAGAAUCCAGAUUAUCUUCAGUAUUCUAUCAGUACACCUCUCUGCAGUGUCAACUCAGUGCUGCAUAAAGAAGAUGAGGAGAAAAUGAUGGACACUGUAUAACUCACUUAAGACUGCUGAGGCCAAGGACUAUUUUGUUACAAGAAAGGAAGAGCUUGGCUAUUUUCUUGACACUUUUAUGGGUGCUGCACUUUAUUUUUGUUCGGUUUUUGAUGGGAGGGAAAAGAGUACUGAAAUGUUUUGCAACUUUUUUUUAUGUGCUGCUAGGGUUUUUUGUUGUUUUGUUUUGUUUCUGAAGGGAGGAGUGGUACCAUAUGUUGCAGGAGGUCAAACUGGACUCUCCCCCACCCCUCAGUUACUAAAUUUGCCUUUAACUGUUCUUAAUUUUGAAUCAAAGUAUGAAAAUCUGCACAAUGCAAUGUUUACAAGACUGGCCGACUGAGGAGGCAUCUGCUACAUGGUCUUUUUACCGUGGAUGUGUACAUGUCCUACUUCAUGGAAAGAAUUAAAGAUACAAAUGUGCUUCUUAUUUCCCACCGCAAAGUUCAGCUGUCACAUCUGGUGUUGAUCACAUUAAAAGCAAUAAAUUAGUAGUGGUAACCUACUUUACUACUAAGUAAA